GGCCAAUUUUCAACGUGUCGUCAUUUCCGUCUAAUAUGAAGAAAAUUCGGCCAACCCCUAUUCAACUACCAACCACACAUAAUAAGAUAUGCAUUCCCAAUCACAAUCUUUUUGAAAUAUUCUAUCUUCACAGCGGAAUCUAUACAUGGAAAAGACAUUGGGGCAUUCUUAUUGUUGCCUAAACGGUGACAAUGAUUUCUCUCGUCAGAAAUGUUGAGCCUCCACGAUAUUGUGUGUAGUAUUGGAAUCCCGAGGGCUACCGGAGUUUACCACUGCCUUUACCAUGUAGCUAAAGACGCAGCUGAGUGACCCCUGCACUGAACAAAUAACCCAUUCAUAGUAAAUCCAUGCAGCUACUUGACACUAGUCCAUGUAAGGUCGACCGCAUUACUCAGCCCCGAUUCCCCGGUCCGACGCCGGAUUGUGAUCCCUUGGCGAUCUUCGCGUCAUCCGCGCCUUUGCCGUAUACGAGGUAUCUUCCAAACCGAUGCUUUUCGGACCUCUAUUAUUAUUAAUCGAUAUAAUUUCAUCAUGAAUCAUCGAUACCCUUAAGUUAUAACCUAUGACUCGCCAGCCUAUCUGCUUCACCUGAUUGCAACAUUCAUCCCCUUUAUCACGCGCUUCCGCAUAGUACCAAUCAUGGCAUCCCAAUCCUCGGAUACCCGCGGUCCGCUGACUCGCUUCGCCGUGGCGCUAUUCCCCGGGUUCCAAGCCCUUGAUGUCUUCGGACCUAUUGACACCUUGAACAUGCUAUCGAAGCAGACACCCAUCCAUCUCGACGUACUAGCCAAGACACUCGACCCGGUAUCCACCCGGACCGAUAAGUCGGGACAUACCGCCUUUGAGACUAUCGUGCCGACACGCACCUUUGCGGAUUACAUUAAUGCUAGUGCCAAUGGCAGCAAUGGUAACGCUAAAGAUAACGACAUCGAGGUCCUCCUAAUCCCUGGUGGAGGUGGCACCCGUGACCCGGACAACAUCGAGGAGGUCGUCGACCUAGUGCGCGCUGCGUAUCCCCGUUUACGCUACCUCCUCACGGUAUGCACGGGAAGCGCUGUCGCAGCUAUGUCGGGCAUUUUGGAUGGACACCGUGCGACUACGAAUAAAUUGGCGUGGGACUGGGUCAUCGCUCAAGGUCCUAAAGUAAACUGGGUGCGUCGCGCACGUUGGGUAACAGACGGUAAUAUCUGGACAUCUUCAGGUAUUUCGGCUGGUAUUGAUAUGAUGUACGCCUUUGUCGGUGACCAGUAUGGCGCUGAUACUGCGAGUAAAUUGGCUUUCGCGUCUGAGUAUGUGCGUAACACAGACCCGGAUAUGGAUCCGUUUGCUGGGGAUGGGACGAAUGGCGUGAAGAAGGCUUGAUUCAUCGAUGUUUGAUUGUUGAAAAGUGAAACUUGGAGAAUGUUUCUUAAGUCUGGAUGUGUUGAGAAUCACGAGGUCAGGGAGAAUAGAUAGAUGGGUGAAAGGGUGAAGAGAUCGGGUUGGGGCGGUAUGAUACCACGAUAGAAGUUAAUCGAUAUCAUUCAUUUUUAAUUACAAUUGAA